AUGGGAAGCAUUUUCGAUCCCGAUAAAGUUUGCCCAAAAGGGUUGCCCUUCUCCCAGGUGAAGCCAGCCGGUACUUCCCAACAUACUCAAUUCGCCAACAGCAUUGAUACGGAUGGGGUGAUGACCAGCCUCCUUAUCCAUCGUCCUACUGCUAUACUGUGCCCCCACUGCACGUCGGCGAAUAACGAUGCCAACGCACUGAUUUGGGACCGGGAUAUUAACGCUGGCGUGAAUAUGAGACGAAUCCUCACAGCGUAUAGCAACUCUGGUUAUCAGAUCGGUUCUCGAACUGCUGCUUUGUGUCGUCCAAGUAGCACAGAAGAUGUGAUGGGCGGUCAAAGUGCCGCCAACCAACUCCUGUGA